GCCACUCACCGCGGCGAAAGGGGCGGGGUGGCCGGGGCCCGCGCUCCCCUCGGCUGCUGCUCGCGGCCCGCCCCGCCGCCCCGGCCCCUCGGAUGACGGUAUAUAUUCCAGGCGGGCGCGGGACGCCGGCAAGUAGCCGAGGCGAAGAAGCCGGAGCCUAGUCCAGCCGCGGGAGUGUCGAGGGAGCUCCCCCUCCUCUGUUUUUACAAAGCCUCACUACCAGAGCACCAUGAAUGUUAAUGACCUCAGACAGAGGUUGUCCGUGGCUGGGCAGCAGCACCUGCUGCAGUUCUGGAAUGAGCUGUCAGAAGCCCAGCAGGGAGAACUUUAUAUGGAGCUCCAAGCCAUGAACUUUGAAGAGCUGAACUCAUUUUUCCAGAAGGCCGUUGGCGAAUUUGAUCGAUCUUCUCACCAAGAAAAGGUGGAUGCACGGAUGGAGCCUGUGCCCAGACAGGUUUUGGGCAGUGCUACCAGAGAUCAAGACCAGCUGCAGGCCUGGGAGAGCGAAGGACUUUCCCAGAUUUCUCAGAACAAAGUAGCAGUUCUUCUUCUAGCUGGUGGGCAGGGGACAAGACUUGGAGUCACGUAUCCCAAGGGCAUGUAUGAUGUGGGCUUGCCGUCCCACAAGACACUUUUCCAGAUACAAGCAGAACGUAUUCUGAAGCUGCAGCAGUUAGCUGAGAAACAGUAUGGCAACAAGUGCACCAUCCCCUGGUAUAUAAUGACCAGCGGCAGAACGAUGGAAUCGACGAAGGAGUUCUUUACAAAGCACAAGUUCUUUGGUUUAAAAAAGGAGAACGUGGUCUUUUUCCAGCAGGGAAUGCUGCCUGCUAUGAGCUUUGAUGGGAAAGUUAUCUUGGAAGAGAAAAACAAAGUCUCUAUGGCUCCAGAUGGCAAUGGUGGUCUCUACCGGGCUCUUGCAGCCCAAAACAUUGUGGAGGACAUGGAGCAAAGAGGCAUCUGGAGUAUUCAUGUCUAUUGUGUGGAUAACAUAUUGGUGAAAGUGGCAGACCCUCGGUUCAUUGGAUUCUGCAUUCAGAAAGGAGCAGACUGUGGGGCAAAGGUGGUAGAGAAAACCAACCCCACGGAGCCAGUCGGCGUGGUUUGCCGGGUGGAUGGGGUGUACCAGGUGGUGGAGUACAGUGAGAUCUCUCUGGCCACAGCUCAGAAGCGGAGCUCAGACGGACGGCUGCUGUUCAACGCGGGGAACAUCGCCAAUCACUUCUUCACUGUGCCAUUCCUGAAAGAUGUUGUCAAUGUUUACGAACCUCAGCUGCAGCACCAUGUGGCGCGGAAGAAGAUUCCAUAUGUGGACUCCCAGGGCCACUUAAUUAAGCCAGACAAGCCAAAUGGAAUAAAGAUGGAAAAAUUUGUCUUUGACAUCUUCCAGUUUGCAAAGAAGUUUGUGGUGUACGAAGUAUUACGGGAAGACGAAUUCUCCCCGCUCAAAAAUGCAGACAGUCAGAAUGGGAAGGAUAACCCGACCACUGCAAGGCAUGCCUUGAUGUCCCUUCACCAUUGCUGGGUCCUCAAUGCUGGGGGACACUUCAUAGAUGAAAAUGGCUCCCGCCUCCCAGCCAUCCCCCGCAGUGCUACAAAUGGAAAGUCAGAGACCAUCACAGCUGAUGUCAAUCACAACUUGAAGGAUGCCAAUGAUGUGCCGAUCCAGUGUGAGAUCUCUCCCCUCAUCUCUUACGCUGGAGAAGGGCUUGAAGGCUAUGUGGCAGAUAAAGACUUCCAUGCACCCUUAAUCAUCGAUGAGAACGGAGUUCAUGAGCUGGUGAAAAAUGGCAUAUGAUUCCUUAAGGGCCACCUAGGAAGCCAUGGUUUUUGAUAGAUCAACUGUGAACCUGCAGGACCAACCUCUCCUGGACCGCUGAAGUUUGGACGUUCAUAGAGUUUCAUUUGCUUGCUAGUAUCUGAUAAGCAAGACAGACUUCCCAGAUCCAGACGACUGGAUUUCAUUUUUAAAAGCAUUUUUUUUUUUUUUUUGGUGAUUCUCAUUGAAGGUCUUAUUUAUAUUUCUAACUGUAUAAGUUCUUCCAAGCCAAGGCUCACACGGCAAACAGGAAGCUUCAUCAGCUUGCCUCUAGUUGGGACGUUCAGCAUGACUUCGCUUGUGCUGGAAGCAUUUGGUUUUGAAGUUGUACAUAUUGAUAAGUCAUCGUACAUGUCAGAAGGUUUCUAUGGUACUAAAAUUUUGUUUUAUUUUAUCAAGCAUUAAAGUUUUUUAAGAAAAUAACUGGACAGUAAAAUAAAAUUAUCUUCUUGUCUCUGCAGUGUUAUUUCUACCUUGAGGAAAUUCUAUUAACAAAAUAAAAAUCUUGGGAGA